AUGGCGCCCAAAGCUCCCCCACCGCCCCGCCCCGAUCCUCUCACCUUGGACCAGAUCUACGAAUGCCUCACCUCACGUGAGACCUCGCUAUCGGAGAAGGCGUAUCACCUCGUUGCCCUCAACUCCGUUGCCUUCAACCCCACAGUGAAGCUUUUUUUCUUCGACGAGCCUCCCCAAACAGGAAAGGCGGGCGCGCGGGGUCGUUGCCGGCGUGAGCAAAUCCUUCAGGCCGUCGCGACCUUUCUCGCGCAGCGAAACAACGCGAUCUGCGAGGAAUGCCAAUGGGAGACGGCCUCCCUGAUUGGAGAGUUCUGUCGAAUGGAAGGUGGUGGGGGGUCGUUGCCACCUGCCGUCGCCGCGAAGCUCAACGACUACGCGCGGAAGAAUUUGGAGUUCCUCGCGCAGCUCCCGUGGUUCGUUCCCGCGAUCCACGCGAUUAUGGGAGGGGAGGCGGUGGCAGCGUUUACCGCCGCGGAGGCCCGCUACGGCUCGCCAGGGGAGGGCAAUUCCCCCGACGAAACCCACGAAAAUCGUUCAGGGGAAGGGGGCAAACCCCACCCCGGCGAAGGGGUCUCCCUCCCGACUACCUCGACGGGAUUAUCCAGCACCCAUGACGAGUUGAGGCGGCGGCUGCGGGAGGGGAAAAACGCCCGUUCGUCGUCGAAAAAUUCGAACCACGACGCCCCUUCGCUGGCGGUGGAUCAGGAUGUGGUGAUCGUGUUGCAGGAUAUUCUUCGCGCGCUUCCCAAAGUCGUCGCGCCCUCACCCUCUGAGGGGAGCCCGUCAAGUCAGUCGCUCACGUUUGCGUGGACGAAGCGAAAUCUCGAUCAGGCGCAUGAUUUGAUGUUCUUGGACGCCUCGCCGGUGUCGAUGUCGUCUUUAAUCCCGCUCGUAAGUCGUCUGAGCAGCCAGCGCUGCUCGAAUUGCUGCCGUUACGCGGGAGAGGUGAAGCCAGACGGCUUGACAGGCGAGAAUAAAAACGGAAAAAACUCUCAAACGGAGGAACCGCAGACGAAGGUGGUCUUCUCCCGAUGCAGCAGCUGUAAAGCCGUGUAUUACUGCAGUGUGGAAUGCCAAAAGGCGCAUUGGGCGGCCGUGCAUGGCAUUCCGUGCAAGUCUUACAGGGAGCAGUGCGAGGCCGUGCUUGCGCAGUAUAAUUUGCUAAAUAGCGGUAAAAGGGCGAAAAAGAAUAAAGGAAUGAGUGGCCAAGAUGAGAAGGCGAUGGCGGCGUUUAUGGAGGUGCCCCUGGAGCCAAGCUUAUUCUUUGAAACCCGGCGCUAUUUGUACGAUCAUCGUGAUAGUUCGUUUGCAGGGGUAAACUUUAAUGAUUACUUCAUGAAGUACACCGUGCGAGGGACGUGA